AUGGAAGGCGCGAUUGAUGCUCAGGCCGGUGGCGUAGAGGCCCCCGUGGCUCCCCUCUCCGAUGUGGCGAAGAAGGUCGGCAAGUGCCGGAUGUACGAGGCCGAGUACCCCGAGCUGGACGAUCUCGUGAUGGUGCGCGUCAAUCGCAUCAACGAAAUCGGCGCCUUCGUAUCGCUGCUCGAAUACAACGACAAGGAGGGCAUCAUUCUGCUCUCCGAGCUGUCGAGGAGGCGCAUGCGCUCGAUCAACAAGCACAUCCGAGUGGGCAAGAAGGAGGUGCUGCAAGUGCUGAGGGUGGACAAGGAGAAGGGCUACAUCGAUCUCUCGAAGAAGCUGCUCAAGGAGGAGGACAUCGUCGAGUGCACUCAGCGGUACCAGAAGUCGAAGACCGUACACAGCAUCAUGGCCCACGUCGCCGAGCUGCAGACGGGCGACAACAUCCUCACUCUCGAGGACCUGUACAAGCGCAUCGGGUGGCCUCUGUACGAGACGUACAACCAUGCCUACGACGCAUUCAAGAAGGCCGCCGCCGGCGAAGACAUCUUCGAGGGCCUCGACGCUCCUGCCGAGAUCAAGGACAACAUCCUCAAGACGAUUCAGCAUCGCCUGGGCAGCCAGCCCGUCAAGAUCCAGGCCGACAUCCAGGUGACGUGCUUCUCCUACGAGGGCAUCGACGCCAUCAAGCCUGCCCUCCGCGCCGGCCAGCAGUGCAGCACCCCCGAUUCGCCCGUCCGCAUCCAGCUCGUCACGUCUCCCGAGUACAUCCUCCUCACUUCGUCCACCGAUCACGAGCGCGGCGUUGCCCUCCUCAAGAAGGCCGUCGAGGCCAUCCAAACCGAAAUCAAGAAGCACGGAGGUGACUGCGUGAUCAAGACCGAGCCGCGAGUCGUGGCUUAA